CGAGGGCAUCGUCAUUCCAAAGAGGGACCAAAAAUUAGCCUAAUUUAGCUGUUCGCCCGUUUCAGUGAAACUUAGUGCGAUCUGGAAUCAUUCUGUGACUAUUCGACAAGAAAGCACAAGCAAAUCGAAAGAAUGAUUACGACCGGAAUUGUCACGUUGCUAAGCGUGAUCGCGUUAACGCAUGCCGCGUACAAUUGCCCUAACAAGGACGGCCAAUACGAAGACAACAAGCAGUGCGACAAAUUCUACGAAUGUAUCGACGGCUUCGCCAGGGAGAAACUGUGCCCGGACGGUCUCGUGUUCGAUCCUCUGAAUCGCAAGAUUAACAAGUGCGAUCACGUCUUCAACGUCGACUGCGGCGACCGUCUCGAAUUACAACCUCCGCAGCCGACGAAGAAGUGUCCGCGACGAAACGGCUUCUUCGCGCAUCCUGACCCAACGGUAUGCAACGUCUUCUACAACUGCAUCGACGGAGAGGCGAUCGAAAUCAUCUGCACCACCGGAUUGCACUUCGAUGAAUACAGCGGAACGUGCGUGUGGCCUGACAGCGCGGGUCGCGAGGGCUGCGGAGUAUUGGGCAAGAAACUGCAAGACGGCUUCGAGUGCCCGAGUGAGGGCCAAGUGGACAGCAGAGGCAUGCUAGUCGAUCAUCCCAAAUUCGCGCAUCCCGAAGAUUGUCAGAAGUUCUACGUGUGCCUGAAUGGAGUGACGCCACGCGAGCAGGGCUGCAGCGAAGGCACCGUUUAUAACGAGGAGCAGCAAAGGUGUGACGCACCCGAAAACGUUCCUGGAUGCGAGGACUGGUACAAGGACGACGACAAGAAACCGUAAGGAAAUUGUCAGCGCUCAUCUGUCCCGCAUCGGGACGCCCCAUCCUCAUUUUAAUCACGUGUCGCUCACUUUGUUCAGCAUGUAAUCCCCUGUGUGUGUUUAGCUUUUUGAAUGCCUUGGAAUACAUUUUAUUUUUACUUCA